GUCUACGCAUAAUAUAUAUGUUUGUCUUCCGGUUACAAUGACUGAAGUGCAACUCCGUACGAAACACUAAGGUAUGGAAAGUAAAACCAACAUAAAAGGUAAAGGGAAGUUCAAAAUUAAUAAGAAGAUAAACAAUGAGGAUUAUUUGUAAAUGGCAUCGAUGAACGGCGAACUUUCAAGUGCAUCAGAAAGCACGUCGUGGGAAGAUUUCUGUGACAGCAGGGCCGAAACUGCAUCAGAAAAUUUUGUAAAAGACUUCCUGGAUUUUCGACGUGUGAAUGGCAAUUGUCAGGUAAAUGAUCCCGUACAAUAUGCCAGGAAGUUUGUGGACUAUUUCCUGAAGUAUUUCGAUGAAAAAUUGAAAAGAAGUUCAUAUUAUCAGGAGUCAAACCAAACAGUUCCAAAACUUAGUCUCAGUUCAGUUCCACACAGACUGGCACCACAGAUUAGUUUACAUGAUGACUAUGACGAUGAUCCACAAAUUGUCCCCCAGGUUAAUUUGUCAAGAAAUGGGGAGACGUCAAAAUCUGUUAAAAGUCCACAUCAUAGAAAAGGGGGCUUACUCCGAAAAUUUUCACUCAGGGGAAUACGUAAGAAAGGUAAACAUCAGGUUGAAGAUGUAAAUAAUGACCAGCCGACUCAAGAUACUAAAAAACAUAAACAUAUUAAUCCACUUAAACACGAGAAAGUACAUAAACAAUCAAAACUAUUGGAAGUUAAUGAAAACUGUGUCAAGGAAGGAAUAGUUCAUGUUCUUACGGGAGAGGAUGCCAAAGGGAAGUCACGAUGGGAGAAAACAAGAUUGGUAUUACUGACGAAAGAUGGAGGCAGCUCAUUAGAAUUUUAUUCACCACCAAAGUCCGUAAAACCCAAAGCCGGUUUGUUUUGUUUCCUGAUCACACAAGCCAGGGUGACUACAUCCCUAGAGAUGCCUGACCAUGAAUAUACAUUUGUAUUAAAGGGUCAAGGUACAAGUGAGUUUGUGAUAGAGGCACAAACUAUGAAUGAAGUACAUUCAUGGUUAGAAGUUUUAAGUACACGUAUCAAUACCUCACUGGACGUUCCUGAGGAUGAUUUGGAACCCACUCCUUCAAUGAGGCCAAGACUUGCCACAGCCCCAAGUGGAAGGACAGAAUCUCCUAGUCCUGGAAUUAUCCAGUCCAGCACAUCACAGCGAAGUCUUACAAGUAACCCUCCUGAUGUCCCUCCAAGACCAAGUCCAAGAUCAUUACCUAGGACAGAGCAUAUAUCAACUUCUCUCAGACAUAUAGGGGAUCAUUUAGAUUCACAUAAUCGAGAUUCAUCAGGGGACAUACAGAUAGAACAAACUUUACGGGAGUAUCCAUGGUUUCAUGAAAAUCUGACAAGAUCUGAAGCAGCUCAGUUAGUCCUACAGCAAGGCCCAACAGGACAUGGGGUGUUUCUAGUUAGACCCAGUGAAACAAGAAAAGGAGAAAGUGUUCUCACGUUUAAUUUUCAAGGAAAAGCUAAGCAUUUAAGAAUGACUUUAAAUAAUGAUGGUCAGUGUCGUGUACAGCAUUUAUGGUUCCAGUCUAUUUUCGAUAUGUUAGAACAUUUUAGAACUCAUCCGAUUCCAUUAGAAUCAGGAGGGACAUCUGAUGUGACUUUAACAGAUUAUGUGGUGGCAAUAGAGAGACCAGUGACUCCUAACCUACCGCGUGGCUCUCCUAGAUCCCGCGGUGGUGGCCAUCAUGGGUCUAAUCCUAAUCUUGGUAAUAAUUCCUUAGGAGCUAUGGGAGGCAGUCAGGAAAAUCGUGAUAUAGUUGUUGUUCAUGGAUCAGUGAGAGCACGGACAGAAUCAAUAGAGAAUGUGAUGCGUGAACAGGGACAACACGGACGUGCAAUUGAAAAUCAGUACUCAUUUGUAUGAUUCUCAUCAUAUUCUUUAUGUUUUCUGCCACACUUUUUAUAAAAGAAUGAUACUUAUAGAAUCAUGUUAAGUCUUUGAUUUUCUUUAUAUACUACUGUAAACUUUUUUUUUUUGGGGGGGGCUUUUCUGCAUAAAGAUAUUUCCAGUCUAAUGUGGUCUAGAUUGCUGGUUUAUCUGUUCAGACCUCGGGUAAGCUAGGCUUCUUGAAUUUUUUGUUAAAUUUUUAAGAAAUUUAAGAUUCCUUUAAUUUUUAAUUUUGUAUUUAGCAGUUUUACUGUAUGCCAAAUAAAACAAUGU